CCACGUGGAUCAACCUCGCUCUCUCGCACUUUACGUAUACGUAUCUUACGUACGUGAAUACGUAAUAAGUACGCCUACUGUCAACCACAUAGGAAUAGAGUGUCGCGCGCGGACGACAAACACGCGAGUUUAUCGGCCGAUGGGACUGACCAUUAACUUUGAACUUAACCAGUGCGAUGUCAAAGGUCAUUUCCGGGAGUGGGAAGGGGCGGGAGGUCGUUACUUCGUGACAGGUGUAAGUUUAACGAAAGAUAAACCUCAUCGACGUCCAGCGUCCAGAACAAAAGAUUAUUACGAGAUAAUUUUCGCUCGUCGUGCUUGUCGUUGGCUGCCGACAAGAAGGUGGACACGCAACGGAGCGACCGUUCACGGUGAAAUCUUCAUUCGGACCAAUCGGAGACUAGCGUCUAUAACGCAGCGACCAAUGAGUGAUUGGAUUAAAAGUUUUCAGUAUGCACAGUGUGAAUGCUGCUUUAUACCGAUUGAGUAGUGAAACUUAUGAAAGUGAUUCUAACGACGCGACAUAACCUUAAGGCGAGUUUCGCGGGGUGG